CAAAAAUAUUGUUAAAAAAAAACAGGUUCGAGACGGUUGAAGGAGGAGAAAAAGAGAAGGAAAGGUUAAUAUUUCCGCGCCACAAGUCCAACAAGGGAAAAGGGUACCUGCUGCGUGCAGUUGCAUGGCCAAUCUCAUCGGCCAAAAAGACCUCCGCUAGUUAUAAUAAAUAGAUGUGAUAACUUCAGUGUUGGACCAUCUUCAGCCCUACACUUUUACUCGACAGUGACUUGAGAUUCCUGCGAAGCAAUUGGGCUUCAACUCCGCACCGAGGAGGCGGAGUCUUAAGUUAUUAAAAGGAACUUGCUGAGGCUCGGACGCCCGCAAAUAUGAUGAUGAUGUCUCUGAACAGCAAGCAGGCUUUUGCCAUGGCCCACUCAAGCUUGCCCGAACCCAAGUACUCUUUGCACUCCUCCUCGUCCUCCACCUUGACUUCCAAUGCACCCUCGUCGUGCUCGUCCUCCCGACACAGCAGCACCAUCAUCAGCAGCAGCGGCAGCAGCUCGGAGGCGAUGCGCAGAGCCUGUCUCCCAAACCCACCGAGCAAUAUAUUCGGAGGCUUGGAUGAGAGUCUGUUGGCCCGAGCUGAAGCUCUCGCGGCGGUGGAUAUAGUCUCGCAGACCAAGAGCCACCACCACCCUCCACAUCACAGCCCCUUCAAGCCGGACGCCACCUACCACACCAUGAACACUCUGCCCUGCACCUCGUCGUCCUCCUCCUCGGUGCCUAUUUCUCAUCCGUCCGCCCUGUCUGGCCACCACCAUCACCACCACCAUCACCACCACCACCAGCCCCACCAGGCGCUGGAGGGGGACCUGCUGGACCACAUCACCCCAGGACUGGCGCUGGGAGCCAUGGCUGGGCCGGAUGGCUCGGUGGUUUCCACGCCUGCGCACCCUGCCCACAUGGCGGGCAUGAACCACAUGCACCAGGCUAUCAACAUGGCACAUGUCCACGGGCUACCAUCGCACAUGGGCAUGAGCGACGUGGACGCUGAUCCCAGGGACUUGGAAGCGUUCGCGGAACGGUUUAAACAGAGACGGAUCAAACUCGGGGUUACCCAGGCGGAUGUAGGGUCAGCUUUAGCCAGCCUGAAGAUACCUGGGGUGGGCUCCCUCAGCCAGAGCACCAUCUGCCGAUUCGAAUCUCUCACGCUCUCUCACAACAACAUGAUCGCUUUGAAGCCUAUCCUGCAAGCAUGGCUGGAGGAAGCGGAGAAAUCACACAGGGAGAAACUUAACAAACCCGAGUUGUUCAACGGCGCAGAGAAGAAGCGAAAGCGCACGUCGAUAGCCGCGCCGGAGAAGAGAUCACUGGAGGCCUAUUUCGCCAUCCAGCCGCGUCCCUCCUCGGAGAAAAUCGCAGCGAUCGCAGAGAAACUGGACCUGAAAAAGAACGUAGUGCGGGUCUGGUUUUGCAACCAGCGACAGAAACAGAAACGGAUGAAAUACUCUGCAUGCGUCUAAGAAUCGCUUUAAACCAACACCCACUUAAAGACUUGGGAACUGCUUAAAGACGAUUUGUACCAUAUGUCCUAUCACACACCUUUUUUUCAAUCGUCGAUGACUUUGUGCUUUGAACUUCGAAAAAUUCAUAAAAUUGAACUAAUGACUGAAAAAAAAUAACCCCAGUCACGUCUUUUACUCGCUGAGAGGGGAUACAUGGAGUCAAGUUGAAGCAUCGUUUGAAGAGCAAGUAAGAACACUGUUUCCACACUUACUAUGCUUCACCUUUUUACUGACUUACAGGACUCUGCUUUAAUUUUUACUUACAAUUCAUUUCAAAUGAGGCCAACUUCAUUUUUGCGUAGGCAGCAACACC